AUGAGAGAUGAAGACAUGAAAGCAGAAGACAAUGUUUCCACAGUGACGCAAUUUGUACUCCUAGGAUUUUAUGAGUUUCCACAGCUCCAAGGGUUACUAUUUUGGGUGUUCAUCAUCGUUUACAUAAUAAUCUUAAUUGGCAAUAGCCUCAUAAUAGUACUAACCAGGCUCGAUCCUGCACUGCAGAAACCCAUGUAUUUUUUCUUGGCAAACUUUUCCUCAUUGGAAAUUUGUUAUGUGUCUGUCACUCUCCCUAGGAUUCUGAUGGACCUUUGGACUCAGGAUAGAAGCAUUUCUAUGCUAGACUGUGCCACCCAAAUGUGCUUUUUCCUUAUACUGGGAGCCACUGAAAGUUUCUUCCUGGCGGUGAUGGCGUAUGACCGCUACGUGGCCAUUUGUAACCCCCUGCACUAUCCUCUAGUCAUGAACCAAAAGAUAUGUAUUCAAUUGGCUGUUGGCGCCUGGAUUGGUGGAAUCCCGGUCCAGGUCGGACAAACAUGCCAAAUUUUCUCUCUGCGUUUCUGUAAUUCCAAUCAAAUUAAUCACUUCUUCUGUGACAUACCCCCCAUACUCAAGCUAGCCUGUGGGAAUACUUUCAUACAUGAGUUUUUGGUCUAUGUAGUAGCUGUGCUAUUUGCUGCAAUCCCUUUUAUAAUGAUACUUGCCUCUUACAGCAAAAUCAUCUCCACUAUUCUGCGGUUGCCAACAGCCACCGGACGGACGAAAGCCUUCUCCACAUGUUCUUCCCACCUGGUAGUGGUGGUUUUAUUUUAUGGGACUGUUACCAUUGCCUACCUAAGGCCAAAAUCCAAUCAAACUUUUUGGGUGUUCAUCAUCGUUUACAUAAUAAUCUUAAUGGGAAAUAGCCUCAUAAUAGUACUAACCAGGCUCGACCCUGCACUGCAGAAACCCAUGUAUUUUUUCUUGGCAAACUUUUCCUCAUUGGAAAUUUGUUAUGUGUCUGUCACUCUCCCUAGGAUUCUGAUGGACCUUUGGACUCAGGAUAGAAGCAUUUCUAUGCUUGACUGUGCCACCCAAAUGUGCUUUUUCCUUAUACUGGGAGCCACUGAAUGUUUGCUCCUGGCGGUGAUGGCGUAUGACCGCUACGUGGCCAUUUGUAACCCCCUGCACUAUCCUCUAGUCAUGAACCAAAAUAUGUGUAUUCGAUUGGCCAUUGGCGCCUGGAUCAGUGGAAUCCCGAUCCAGGUAACACAAACAUGCGAAAUUUUCUCUCUGCAUUUCUGCAAAUCAAAUCAAAUUAACCACUUCUUCUGCGACAUACCCGCCAUCCUCAAGCUAGGCUGUGGGAACACUUCUAUACCUGAGAUAUUGGUCUGUUUUGUAGCCGUGUCGUUUAUUGCUAUUCCUUUUACAUUGAUACUUGCCUCUUACUGCAAAAUCGUCUCCACUAUUCUGCAGUUGCCAACAGCCACGGGACGGGUCAAAGCCUUCUCCACAUGUUCUUCCCACCUGCUAGUGGUGGUUUUAUUCUAUGGAACUUCUACCAUUUCCUACUUAAGGCCAAAAUCCAAUCAAACUGCAGGAAUGGACAAACUGCUCUCACUUUUCUAUACCAUAGUGACACCCAUGUUUAACCCCAUGAUAUAUAGCCUCAGGAACAAGGAUGUCAUCACAGCACUGAGAAAAUUAUUACUUAAAAAAACA